UUUCGAAAAACCCCAACAGCGUCAAGAAUACGCAGAUCUUUCGUAAAGCCUAAGGGUUUCUUUCAAUUCCAACUCUCUUCUUCAUAUCAUCAUCAUCAUCAUCGACUUGUUCGUUCAUCAAUCGAUCUGCGAUCUGCUUCCCCUGCUUCUUCUACAACCCACAAGUUCUGCUCUUGUUCUCCGUCGUCUCUUUUGUUUUUGUUAGCCCAUAAGUUCUGCUCUUCUUCUACAAGCCAGAAUCUUUGUAUCUUCGGAAAAAGCUUUGUUCUUCAUUUUUGAACGAAGUGCACAAAAGCAAUGGCGGGUCUCAAGAGAAAAAGAGCAACCCAUGAUGAGAUAAUAGUUGUAGACGAUUCUGCAGAUGAUGCAGAUCAUUACUUGACAGUUUCACUAAGUGGCUGCGAGUGGGUUCGAGGGCCGAUGCUCGGCCAAGGCGGAUUCGGGUGGGUUUAUUUGGGUUUCGUGAAAAAACCCAGGUUGUGUUUGAAGGGUGUGCCAAGGAUUGUGGCCGUGAAAUCGACAUUGGCCUCUCAGGCGCAUGAUCUGAUGGGGGAAGAUAUUCUUCUUUACAUUUUUCGUCACUGCCCUUUUGUUAUCAACUGCUAUGGAGAGGAUGAGACGAUUGGCGCUGAUGGCCGUCAUUUAUUCAAUGUGUUCUUGGAGUACGCGGAUGGAGGAACAAUGGCGGAUUUGAUUGAGAAAUCAAGGGGUUUUGGGUUGCGUGAAUUCCAAGUCAGAAAGUAUAUAGAGUCGAUUUUGAAAGGGAUUAAGUACAUCCACGAAAGGGGUUUUGUGCAUUGUGAUCUCAAGCCUGAGAAUAUUCUGCUUGUGUCUGAUGCCGCUGGUUCCUCUGGUGGUGCUCGUUUUGUGCCAAAAAUCGGAGACUUGGGGCUCACAAAGAAGGCAAAUCAGAAGUUGGAGAAGCCUUCGUUUGGAGGCACACCAAUGUAUUUGUCUCCAGAAGCUGUGGUUUAUGGAAUUCAACAGCAGCCUUCUGAUAUUUGGGCGUUAGGUUGUGUUGUGUUGCAUAUGUUAACUGGGAGACAUCCAUGGGAUUUCACACCUGGCGCCGUAUUUGACGUUCGGGACCUGUUAACUGCCCUGCUUGUUUCAAGAAUUCCUGCCAUUCCUGGUUGGUUAUCAAAAGAGGCUAAAGAUUUCUUGCAAUGUUGCUUUAUGUGGAACACUUCAGAGAGGUUUACUGCUGCUAUGCUCUUGAACCACCCAUUUGUGACUAAACUGGAUAAUGGGGUUGGAGAGGUUAAACCAAUUAAGCAAGUGUCUUCUGCAGUGGCUUCCUCUGUUCCGGAUUGUCCUAGCUUCAUACCCCUUGGAAGUUGGAAGUCUGAAGAUGCAGAGGAGAUGGCUCAAGAAAAUGUUGGUUUUUCUGAGCAGGAGAUUCUUCCUCUGAAGCUCAUGUCAAGGCAUGUGGUUCCAAGCCCAAAACCAUCAACUUUUGCUAUAAUGGGUGCAGCUUAGCUUAGCUUUAUUGUUUACAUAUGAAAUUCAAUUGUAUUUUAUGAAAGCCUUUUUCAUGAACCAUUAAUUGUAAUACAUUAUUCUAUUGAUUUUUUUGUACCUAAUGUAGAGCCAGUAAUACAAACAUGCCACUUUGAUCUUUA